AUGGAUUCAAUGCAGGAGAAGGAGGUCAAGCAUAUUGGGGGCAGAGUGGAUGAUGCACAACAUGAAGAUACUGAUCGCCAAAGCCAAGAGUCGACCGUGAAGCAAGAUAUGACCAUUGAGCAUGGACAUCCAGCCCCCGAUGGCGGAUAUGGCUGGGUGGUCGUGGCUUGUGUGUUCUGGCUGCAAGUCAAUACGUGGGGUAUCAAUGGGAGCUAUGGGAUCUUUCUGUCCCACUAUAUGACCAACAAUGUAUUUCCGGGGACCAGUGCCUUCGCCUACUCCAUGGUGGGCGGCUUAUCGAUUGGCUGCGCAUACCUGAUGGCCCCAUUUACCGUCUACUUGAUCCGCACGCACGGCACUCAUGCCACCCUGAUUGGGGGCAUCAUCAUCCAGAGCGGAGGCUUGAUUGCGGCCUCCUUCGCCACAAAGAUCUGGCAGCUCUUCCUAGCACAGGGUGUCUGUUUCGGCACCGGCAUGGGCGUCAUCUAUAUGACGUACCUGGGCAUCCCGGCACAGUGGUUUGAGCGCAAACGCAGCAUCGCAAACGCGAUCCCCGCCGCCGGAGCGGGGACGGGCGGGAUCAUCUACUCGCUGGCGAUCCAGUCGAUGAUCGAGAACAUCGGGCUGGGGUGGACGUACCGCACGCUGGCGCUGGUGUCGCUCACGGCGAACCUGGUGAGCGCGGCGUUCCUGCGCGACCGCCACAAGGCGACGGCGAGCCGGCACACGGCGUUCCAGCUCCCCUUGCUCCGGCGGGCGGAGUUCGUGCUGCUGCUGGGGUGGGCGAUCUUCAGCACGCUCGGGUUCGUCGCGGUCAACUUCAGCCUGCCGAACUUCGCCGUCUCGAUCGGGCUGUCGUCGCACCAGAGCAGUGUGGUCGGCGCGCUGCAUAACCUGGGCCAGGGGGUCGGGCGGCCGCUGAUUGGGCUGCUGAGCGAUCGCUGGGGCCGGCUGAACGUCGCGUCCGUGCUGUCAUUGGUGUGCGCGGGUUUCUGCUUCGCGAUCUGGAUCCCCGCCCAGGAUAUGGCGGUCGUCUCGGCCUUCGCAACGAUCGGGGGCAUGGUGUCGGGUACCUUUUUCGCCACGGUGGCCCCCGUGAUCGUCGAGGUGAUUGGGCUGCAAGACCUGCCGGGCGCGCUGAGCAUCCUCUGGCUCGUUCUGAUCUCGCCCGGGGCGUUUGGCGAGGCGAUCGCGCAGGCGCUGCGGCGGCCGGCAUGGGGCACGGCGGCCUACCAGCCGGUGCAGGUCUUCUCGGGGAUCCUCUACAUCGCGGCGGCGCUGUGUUUGUGGUUUGUGCGAGGGUGGAAGGUCCAACAGAAGCUGCAAGAGGAAAGUGAACAGGCGAGUCGAGACAAAAAUCUCACCGAUGUGGUGGGCACAAAGUGUUGUUUUGGUGGUGUUGGACCAAAAGAUUGGGCAUACUUGAAUUGUGAAAAGCAACAACUGGUGGUUUCUUACUUUUUUGUGAUGCACACCGAAAGAACUGAGACGAAGAGGAGCCAAAAACAACACUACCCGCAAGCUACUACUACUACUACUACUACUACUACUACUACUACUACUACUACUACUACUACUACUACUACUACUACUACUACUACUACUACUAUUACUGCUACAUCAUCAAUAACCACAACAAUGCUCCCGCAACAACAACUGCCAAUCCCAUACAUUGUGCCUCCCCAUCUGGAGGAAUACAACAUUCCGCUGUCCGCGUUCGCGGCCGCCCGUCCUCAGUUCCACAACAUCGUCGGCGGUGCGUUCAUCUUCUCGACCACCGUGCCGGACGCCGUGACUUCGAUUACUACAUCUGCUUCUGCUCCUACAACUAGCUCAAAAAGAGCAGCGCAGGGGACGACAGCAUUCAUGACGACAGCAUCCACACCUCCGCCUCCGCCUGUAUCAGCAUCCUCCUCCCCCUCCCCCUCCCCCUCAUCACCCACCCCAGCAACAGCAGCAACAGCAGCAGCAACACAAUCCCCACAGACCCCGACUUCCUCCUCCUCCUCAUCCACUACAUCAUCCACAACCUCCACCCCCGCAACAACCCCCGGCACGACCCCGGCCGACCACCAGCCCCACCCCCCUCUCUCACCCGAUGAGGUCCCCGAACCCGAGCCCAAAACCCUCCUCCUCCAACGCAGCAUCACAGACUCCUACCCCGGCCACUGGGAGAACCCGGGCGGGCUGAUCGACCCCGUCCGCGACGCCACCGUGCUGGCGGGCGUGGCGCGCGAGGUCCGCGAGGAGACGGGGUUCCACGUGUCGCGGUUCGUGGAUCUGGUCUGCGUCGACGAGUGGACCAAGAUGAAGCGCGGUGUGCUGCUGCAGGAGACCAAGGUGACGUUUCUGGUGGAGGUGCGGGAGGCCGUCGCGGCGGGCUGGGAGGCAACCGUGAAACUGGCGGAGGGGGAGCAUCAGGCUUUUGUGUGGGUCGGGGAAGGAGAGGUGCGUGGGGUGGUGAGGGACAAGGGGAGGAAGAGGAAGGCGAGUGGCGGGGCUGGCAGGUUGGGGGUGGGGUUUAUUAAUGAGCAAGGGGGGAAUGUGCUUAGAGGGUUUGAGUUGGUGAGGGGGUUGAGGGGGUGUUGA